AUGCCCGCUGCCAAACGCCACCUCCUUCUCCCGCGGCAAACGUUCUUCCCGAACCCGUUCGGCGACGUGAGCGACGAAUGUGUCAAGGCCGCCGAAGAAUAUGUCGACUCUCUCCCUACGCCUGAUCCCGACCUCGUGCAGGCUAUCGACGUGCCUACAGAAGAAGGCUGCUACACGCUACCGGAGUCGCUGCACGAUGCUUGGAGCAGCUACUCCAGCGAGGCAAAGUCUUGGGCUACUGCGCACGCAGACAUUAUGAGCAAGGCGGAGGAACACUGCCCCGAAAGCCCUGUUGGGCCUGAAUUUGAGUGGUGCGAUGGCGAAGAUCCAAACGAGAACCUUGCCACCGGGUUCGAAGCAUCGUUUUUCGUAGCCGUGGCCGCUGCCGCUGCCGUUGCGGCUGCGCUUGCACUCUGA